AUGUCUCUGCCAAGUCGACAGACAGCUAUUGUUAACCCUCCACCGCCAGAAUACAUCAAUUCGAAGAAAAAUGGGCGACUGACAAAUCAGCUACAAUAUCUACAAAAAAUUGUCCUGAAGGCUUUAUGGAAACAUAGUUUCUCCUGGCCUUUUCAGCAGCCUGUGGAUGCUGUCAAACUAAAGUUGCCUGAUUAUUAUACCAUUAUAAAAAACCCAAUGGAUUUAAACACAAUUAAGAAGCGCUUGGAACACAAAUAUUAUGCGAAGGCUUCAGAAUGUGUAGAAGACUUCAAUACAAUGUUCUCCAAUUGUUAUUUAUACAACAAGCCUGGAGAUGACAUUGUUCUUAUGGCACAAGCUCUGGAAAAGCUGUUCAGGCAGAAAUUAUCUCAGAUGCCGCAAGAAGAGCAAGUUGUGGGUGGUAAGGAAAGAGUAAAGAAAGGUGCUCAACAGAAUGUAGCGAUUUCUUCUGUUAAAGGAAAGCAAUCCCCCAAAGCACUGGAAACAUUACUUAAGCAGCAAGUGAUUCCUGCCGUAUGUCCUGAAACAACUCUCUCUCCUUCAAACGUGGUACAAGGUGCUUCGCUCAACUCUACCUCACAGACAGUGGCCCAGGUUACAAAGGGUGUGAAGAGGAAAGCAGAUACAACAACGCCUACGACCUCUGUAGUUAAAGCAAGUGGUGAAUCCUCCCCAAAGCUUUUUACGGAAAAAAAAUUAGGGAAAAUGCCGCCUAUGAAAGAAAAUGCACUAAAGACUGUUUUGCCAGAUUCUCAGCAGCAGUGUAAAACCGGAAAGAAUGUUAAAGUAACGGAACAAUUAAGGCACUGUAGUGAGAUUCUUAAAGAAAUGCUUGCAAAGAAACACUUGUCAUAUGCAUGGCCCUUUUACAAUCCUGUCGAUGCCAGUGCUUUGGGACUACAUAACUACUAUGAUAUUGUGAAAAACCCAAUGGAUCUUGGAACCAUCAAGGGGAAAAUGGACAACCAAGAAUAUAAAGAUGCAUAUGAAUUUGCUGCAGAUGUCAGAUUAAUGUUCAUGAAUUGCUACAAAUACAACCCUCCAGAUCACGAAGUAGUGACAAUGGCAAGAAUGCUUCAGGAUGUAUUCGAAAUGCAUUUUGCAAAGAUCCCAGAUGAACCUGUUGGGAGUAUGCCUGUAUGCUACGUCAAAACAGACACCACAAAAACCCUUGGUAAAGAAAGCAGUAGUGAAGCUUCCUCUGAAGAUACUUCUUCUGGUGACUCGGAAGAUGAACGGGUUCAGCGCCUUGCAAAGCUUCAGGAGCAGCUCAGAGCUGUUCAUCAACAGCUACAGGUUCUGUCCCAAGUACCUUUGCGUCAGCUGAAGAGAAAGAAGGAGAAGGCUAAAAGGGAAAAGAAAAAAGACAAGACCGAAAACAGAGAUGAAAAUCCAAAGAAAAAGUUUAAGCAAAUGAAGUUAAAGGAAAAGUCCAAAUGCAAUCAGCCCAAGAAGAGGAAACCACAGGUUUUUGCUGUGAAAUCUGAAGACGAAGAUAAUGCUAAACCUAUGAACUAUGAUGAGAAAAGGCAGUUAAGUUUGGAUAUAAACAAACUCCCUGGGGAUAAACUUGGGCGGGUUGUUCACAUAAUACAGUCCAGAGAGCCUUCCCUGAGAAAUUCCAACCCUGAUGAGAUAGAGAUAGACUUUGAAACACUGAAAGCAUCAACACUGAGAGAACUGGAGAAAUAUGUUGCUGCAUGUCUAAGAAAAAGACCACUAAAACCGCAGGGUAAGAGAAUAAUGAAGUCCAAAGAAGAACUUCAUUCACAGAAAAAAGAAGCGUUGGAAAAGCGGUUGCUGGAUGUCAAUAAUCAGUUAAAUUCCCGAAAACGGCAAACAAAAUCUGAAAAGACUCAGUCACCCGUGGCUGUUGGAAGUGGUUCCAGAUUGAGUGAAAGUAGCAGCAGCAGCGGCGGCAGCAGUAGCUCAUCGGAGUCUGAAAGCAGUAGCAGUGCUUCAAGCUCCUCAGACAGCAGCGAUUCUGAAUCAGAAAUGCUUCCUAUGUUUACCGGAGUAAAACACAGUGAUUCUCCUUCUAAAGAGAAAGUACAGAUACAAUCUUCUGUGCAAGAUACAGUCUCUGGGCAAACCACCCAGGUUCAUCAGACUAUAUGCCCAGGUGCGGUACCACCAAGUCACCACCAGGUGGUAUUUAAUCAUCAAGAAUCCGAAUAUUUACACAGUGUGGAAAACAGUUCACCUUUACAAAUUCUGCCUCUGUCAGAUGAUUCCGACCAACCCCUGAAUGACCUGGCUGUGAUGCAUCCGUCCAGUGACAAUGACACAGUGGUGUUAGAAUCAGAACGUCAGGUUCCUGUGCCAAAGGAUAUAAAGAUCAAGAAUGCAGACUCUUGGAAAAGUUUAGGCAAGCCAGCCAAGACAUCGGGGGUACUGAAAUCAUCAGAUGAACUUUUUAACCAAUUUAGAAAAGCAGCAAUAGAAAAGGAAGUAAGAGCUCGGACACAGGAACUAAUACGGAAACACCUGGAACAGAAUACAAAGGAACCAAAAAUACUUCAAGAAAAUCAGAGGGUUCAUGGAUUCACUCAAGAAUCUUUUCCAAAUAAAAUGCAAAACAAGCGUCUUGCAGAAGAGCAGAAAGAACAUCAGCUGUCACUGGAAGCUCAAGAUAAAUGCAAACUCUGGCUCAAAGACCGUAAUUUGGCAAGGGAGAAGGAGCAGGCGCGGAGGAGAAGAGAAGCAAUGGCUGGUACCAUUGAUAUGAAUCUUCAAAGCGACAUUAUGACAAUGUUUGAAAACAACUUCGAUUAA